AAAAAUAAUAAAAUUCAAAGUGCGAAGUGAGCUGAUUUCGGUUUUGUUUGUGUUUGCGCCUGCCUUACUCGAGCACGCGUGUGUCUGCGUUACCUUGGACAAGAAUAAACCAUCCAAACAUCCUGCAGCAUCUACUUGGCCAUUGUGGUUGUUCUUGGCCCGGCUGUCCUCCGCCUCAUCUCCGCCUUCGUCCCCGUCCUUUGUGAAUCCUUGGCGCAGCAGUUUCUAGUCGGUGGCCUACUCUGAAGAAAAUGUUUCAAUAGAAAUGGCCAAACUUUCACGACGGCCCUCGUCGUCUGCAGCAACGCCUUCAAGAGCAACCACAGCAAGCACUGCGAGUACAGCGGCAACAUCGGUUAGCCCGAGUCAUGCCACAGGCAACACGCAGCAGGAGCCGGAGCAACAGACAAGGACAAAUCAGCAGGAGCAACAUCAGGAGCCGAAGCAGCCGAAUCCGACACAUCAUAGUCCGAAGGAGCAGCAGCAACGCAUCGCCCGACGUGCAGCCAGCAGCAGUGGCAAUAAGCCCCAAGCGGCGGCACUUGUUAACACUCGUCCCGAUGUACUCCAUGAUCCAUCGCCAUCACCGACACCGGCGGCGCUCUCCUAUCACAAUAAUAACAACAACGUCAAUAGCAACACUGCCACGCCCGCUGCUCCUGCUCCCACUCCCGCCCAUGUCACGGCCACGCCCUAUAUGCCGCUGCUACCGCCCGGGGAGCGGAAUCUGACAGAAGCGGAAAAUGCUGCGGAGCGGGCCAGAAUCAGGGAGGAGUUCUUCGCCACCUAUGACGUGAUGACCGGCGUGAGGAUCGCCGCCACCUUGGGCGGUUUCUUUGGCCUGAUGGUUUUUCUUAUCGUGUGGAAGAGCCGGAGCAGCAGCAACGAGACACUGAAGGUCCUCAAGGAUCCCAAGAUGGCGGCCGUAGCUGCGGUCUGCAUGCAGGAGGAGGAGGAACGCGAGAUCCACGAGGCAAUUGUGGCCACGGGCAUGUCCAUAUAUCCGGAUGAGUACGAUGCCCUGGUCUACCGCCGGCAGCGCAUGCUCUCGCUGGGCAACGUGAGUGCUCCGCCGCUGCUUAAUCGCGGAUAUCGGUGCGGUUCUGUGGGUGGAGUUGGUCCGAGUGUCCCAGUGGGCUAUAGCUAUCUCCUGGAGCCGCCGCGACGUUUUUCUUACUCGGCAAUGUCGGGAGGUGGUGGACCGGGCUCUGGCCACGUGGGACGGCGCAAGAGCGGCUCGGAGUCGUCGCGCAUCUUCAGCAACUAUCCCAUGGGCGGCAGCUUUGGCACCGACGACUACUUCGUGGAGACGGACGACGAGCUGGACGCCGAGGAUUAUAUGCCACCAGGUGUCCAGGAUGAAGCGGAUCAUAAGCACCAGAGAACGGACUCCACGCGCAGCAAACAGGGAUUCCUAUCCGUACCGAUGGCGGGUCACGACUCGCGGCGGAGCAGCGCAAUGACCUGCUGCAGCACGGACAGCUCGUACCUGGAGCGCCGCACCUCCGCCUACAUGGGCGGCUGCAUGAGCAACCUGCCACCCACGCUGCAACGUAAGCUGUCGACGGCCUCGCGGACAUCGAGCAUCGACAACUGGGACUACUACUAUCCGGACAUCCAGGUGAUCCAGCCAACGCCAAAGGAAUCGCCCUGUCCCUCAGAGCGCAGUGUCCACGAGUCGUCCAACGGAGGAGGAGGCGGAGGAGCAGCAGGAUCUGGAUCCGGAUCCGUGUCCGUGUGUGGAUCACGAAACUCCAACUUGAGUGCGCCGAACAUCAAGCGGAAGCACAGCAUCGUGUCCUACGAUCCAGACAGUGCACAGGCGGGCCGGAAGCAGCAGAUACACUCGAUUAGCGCGGACACCGUGGACGUUUAUCCUUACAACCAGGAGAGUUCCGCCGUGGACCUGGCGCUUGCGUUGCCGCUGCCCAAGCCGGUGCAGUCGGCGUCGCCCACCAGCGCCCAGCAGGCAUUUCACUUCUGCGACUCGCCCUCCGAAGAGCUGCGUCUUGGCGUUCGACGGAAGCUCACCCUGGUCGAGCUGCAGCGGAACGAGAGCAACAACAACAGCUUUCCAUAUACAGCGAAUGCAGCCGCUCCGUCCGGAACGACGGGUACUGCUCCCAACUCAAGCAGCAUCAGUGUGGACAGCACGCCGGCGAGCCUGGAGAGGCUGAAUGGCGCGAGCGGAGGAAGCCUGUCCAUUUCUGCCUCCAUCAAGCUUCCCGCGAUCGGUAACAACAAUCCGGAGAAGCGAGCACCCCUAGCUUCACUAAGUUCCUUCAAGAUCUCCUCGCUCGAGUGUCCCGACUCCGAUCUGCGCUCCCUCGACGAGGACUCGGUUUUCGGGGUGGAGAGUCCAGCGGAUACGGACGAUGACAUGCAGCAGCUGAGCAGCGACAGCGAGGAGCAGGAGGCUCAGGCCCAGGCUCUGGCUCUGGCUCAAGCUCAGACUCAGGCCCAAAGCCAAAUAGCUUCGGUGCGGAUUAGUUCCGAAAUGAAAUCCAAUCCGGCCGUGCCUCUGAAGCGGAUGAGCAUGAGUGCAGUGCCGUCGACGGGAAUGGGAACUGGGGGUGGUGGCACCGUGGUCGCAGCUGGGGGUGCUCGUCCUCGGAGGCCCCUUCUGCAGCGACACCGCACCAUCGGCGCUACAUCCAGCGAUCGGGUGGCGCUCAUCAAUCAGCCUCUGCAGCUGCAACAGUUCCACAUGGGCCUGCCCAUCCAGUCGGAGGUGGCUGCUCCCCUGGAAACGCACUUCGGAGCCGUGGUUAGCCAGAGUCCCCCGCGACGAGGACCGCUUCUGCAACAGUAUAGCGAUCCACAAACGACGACGACAACCACUACAACCACCACUACAGAGGAGGACACAUGCUCCACGCUGAACACAGAGCUGGGAAUGGUGGAAGCCACCGGGGCUCCUCUGGGCGGUGGGGGUGGAGAGUCCGCAACGCACACGCAAUACAGCAGUCUGAACACGGUCAUCAGCAUGGGCCGUUCCACGCCCAGUCCCGUUCCUCUGACCAGCCGGAUGGACAAUAACGCCGCUGCACAGCCCUCACAGCAGCAGCCAGCUCAACUGCCAACGAACGCCACCCGGCUGGGGCACGAUCCCUGUCCCUCGUCCGUGUCCGACUCGGUGAUAGCCGCCCGGCACCAGAGCAUCUGCGUGCCCGCCUCCCUCAAGGACCUUAUCCUGCGCAAGGGAUCGGGUCCCGGCAGCGCUGUGAUCGUUCCCGCCAGCGGGAUCAGCAAGAGUGCCGCCAACCUUAGCUGUGAGAGUAGCGGCACACACAACACAACGACUGCGACGCCCGCCGUCAUGCUAGAGCUUCCCCUGAUCCGGCUGCCAAACGAGGAGGGUGAGGACGAGGACGCGGCGGAGGCGGAAGGGGAUGAGGCGAACUUGGAGAGUGAAGAAAAGCGCGAUCCCAGCUUGCCCGGCACUUCGCGCAAGUGGUCCAAAGAGACACUCUUCUAGCCCAGCUGGUUUCCACUGCUCCAAAGAAGGCAGUUCCCUGGCCCGGGCCAUUAUUUAAGAGCUUAGCAACUGACUUUGUAAGCAUGGUAAUAUGGAAUCUACAGUGAAAACUCCCAAGUUAGUCUACGGUAAACUUUCCCAAACUUGUUUAAGAUAUUUUCCACAAAAUAAUCCAACCAACCUCGACAAAAUAAUUCGUAAUUGCUAACCGUGACAUUUAUGAGUAGACAAAACCUAUUUGUAUCCUAGUUAGAGAAUAUGAAAAUCUAUUUCCAGUCGACUUCCUAAUAUCAAUCUCUUUCUGAGGGAGAAUUUCACUGUAUUUCCGGUAGUGGCAUGGUCUGGCAACCAACUUCCUGGGUUGUCACUGGAGAUCGCGAACAUUGAUUGAGUAUUUAGGCCUAGAUUAGGAGAGUUAGAUUAAGCGCAUUUAGUCAAAAUACAUAAGUUAAUUGGGUCGCUCCCGGUCCCCGGCACCGACUGGCCGACUGAGGAGCAUGAGGAGUUGCAGUAGAGUACUUGCCUACUAUAUACUACCUACUAUAUAAUUAGUAUGUACAGACGAUCGGAUAAACGGAGGCGGACGAGGGUAAUAACGAACAGCAACCAGAACAACAACGUAUUCGUACUUAGAGACUGUUGUCUAUUAUUGUUAAUAGAACUCUAAAAGUUAAGUAGUGAUACUCGGAUUUAUUUUUCACACUAUGUAUCUUUAAAGCAGGAAAAGCCAGUGUACGAAUAUAUAUAUUUGUAUGCAGCCAUACUAGGGAGAAGGUUUAUAUAUUUCUAUUGGUACGUCGAUCGCCGAUCCUUUCUACAUCUCUCUAUUUCUCACUCUCCCUAUGAAUGGAAUGAAAACUCUUCUAGUGUCUUA